UGUCACUUGAUAGUAUUUAGCCUAGUUCAUAUAUAUUCUAGCAAAAAUGAUAAUUCUUGAAAUUAUUGUGCAAUAAUGGACUAUAGUUCGAAUAGUAUUGGAAAUAACAUCACGACAUCAUCUCAGUGGGUUCGAUUAAAUGUUGGAGGGACCCUAUUUAUUACAACAAAAACGACCUUAUCAAAGCAUAUGGACUCUUUUCUUUAUAGAUUGAUUAAAGAAGAUCCUAACCUUAGCACGGAUAAAGAUGAGAUGGGUUCAUAUCUUAUUGAUAGAGAUCCAACAUACUUUGCUCCAAUUUUAAAUUAUUUAAGACAUGGAAAAAUGAUUAUUGAUAAAAAUUUAUCAGAAGAAGGUGUAUUAGAAGAAUCCGAAUUCUACAAUAUUACAGAAUUAGUAAAAUUAAUAAAAUUAAGGAUACAAGAACGUAAUUACAAGCCUAUUCAAAAUAACGUUAAACACGUAUAUAGAGUGAUACAUUGUCAAGAGGAUGAAUUAACUCAUACUAUUUCCUCUCUCUCUGAUGGUUGGAAGUUUAAACAACUGAUAAGUGUGGGAUCGUCUUAUAAUUACGACGGGACAAACGAAUAUUUAUGCGUAGUUUACCGUGAAUGUCCUAUUGGUAAAUAUGAAAAUGAGGAUUUUGAAUUCAAACAUAAUCACACCAAAAUAAAUAUGAACUCUGAACCAAAUUCAAAUGGGAUUUAAAUUCAAUCUAGAAAUGAUAGAAUAAUUAAUUAAAUAUGCACACCUUAUAGACGAUAUUUAGCAUUUCACUUUAUACUAUAUUAUGUCCUUUUUAUAUAUUCGCUCAAACCAUUAAGUAUUACAAACAAUGUAUC